AUGGAUAACCAAGUAACCCUAAGAUUUUUUCAAUCAUGUGCCCCAGAUUUCUUUUCAAAAGAAUUAACAAAUAUUAUAUCAAGAUGAAACCAAAUACCUGAAUCUACCAGCAUCAUCUCAUUUCUAAGCACUUUGGACUCCUUAAUAGACUUGAUUUCAGAAAAUGGUGUUCCUGUCAACCUAAUAUUACCAACUACUUUUCGGCCCCUUUUACUUGAAGAAUUCAGAUUCCUAUCCUCAGUAAAUUUUAUUCAGACCCAAUUAAAAUUCCAACUAAUUUUGCAUUUAGAACUGCUUAGAGUUGAUAAAUCACCUGAAUUAAUACACAAAUUAGGUAGAAUUGGUAGAUCUUUAUGCAUGAGAAUGGCAAUUGAUGGGGAUUCAAGCACAUUUUACCGAUACUAUAUCUCAGAUAUUUUGCCUAGAUAUUCAUCAGUAAUUUUCCAUGAAGCUUUAUUGGAAUUUAGUCAAACCAUUGAGCUAUAUCAAGAAACUUUGGAAUUUUUAGAUGAAAUAAAACCCCAAAAUGAUAAUGAAAAGAGUGAAGAUUUGCCUCAAAAAAGAAUGAUUUCACCACCAAAACAACGACAUGAAAAUCAAAAGCAUCUUACAAAAGAAAGCAAGUUUAUUGAUAGGAAGUUAAAUACAAAUAGAACUAAAGAGGUUGCUUUUUCGAGAAGAAUUGUACUGAAGGAGUCACCAAAUAGGUCUCCAAGAGAUAGCCAGCCAAAACUAUCAGCUGCUGCACUAAAGAUGAAGGAGUUGCUAGGGAAAAACUUUUAUAAGCGCAAUGAUACUGAAAAAAAGGAAAUUUCAGAGUGUAAUGAGAAGAAGACAGAAAAAAAAAAUGAUGAUGUGCUUAUUUUGGAUACUCCAACUAAAAAUGAAAAGUAA